UGGAAAAGAUUUUCAUGAAGAAAAUCUAACUAUUCUUAAGCAAAAGGCAGUUUAUAGAAAAUUGCAUAGUGUAUACAAGAAAGCUCUAAAUAAGGCAUUGCAGAAUAGUUUAAAACUACAACAACUAAUCAGUUUGCUUCAAGAAUUUGUUGAACAAUCAGAUUCGGAUGAAGAUUUAUAA